UACAAGUUUCAAGUUUUACCGUACAGUUUAGUUGCAAAUUUGUUUCAGAACGAAAUGAUGUUGAGUUCGAGGAGGCUUUGGAAACUUCUGGUUAUGGAAAGUUUAACUUAUUCAUCAUAUUACUUUGUGGACUGACAACAUCAGCAUCGCUCGUAGGAUCGACAGAUGUGUCCUACCUACUACCGGCUGCUGAGUGUGACCUACAACUCACCUCUCAGGACAAAGGGCUACUCUCUUCUGUAUACUUCAUAGGCACUGUAGCAGCGUCAUAUUUGUCCGGAUACUUGGCAGAUACUAUGGGAAGAAAAUAUGUCCUGGUCAGAGGAAUGUCGCUUAACGUCCUAAUGUACGUUUUGGGAGCAUUUGCUCCUAACUUCUGGACCUUCUGUGUUCUAAAAGUGAUCUCAGGGGCCUUGUCGUGCCCUGCCAUGAUUGCCACUUUUCCAUUCCUUGGAGAGCUCACACCAUCCAAGAGGAGGUCUCAGGCUUUUCUUAUGACGUCAUCAAUGAAAACCCUCUGUAUUCUGUACUGUGGAUUGAUUGGAUGGUUGACCUUACAAGGGACAUGGAGGAUCGACCUCGGGUUCGUCAUAUUUACACCGUGGAGACUGUUCUACCUCUUGUGUGGAAUCCCCAGCCUCCUCUGUGCCAUCAUGUUCUACGUGGCUCCUGAGAGCCCCAAGUUCUUGCUCAGUAAAGGCAGACAGGAUGAAUCUAUGAGAGUUCUGAGAAAGAUAUAUUCUGUUAACUAUGGAAAACCCCAAGAGAAUUUCACAGUACAAUCAAUAUCAGCAGAAGAGAACGAAAACAGAAAUGUUGCUUCUACUACUCGAAAUAAGGGCGCUGCGGGCACGUUAAAACAUGUUUUUGACCAAACAGUACCAUUGUUUAAGCCACCUUAUUUCAAGAGCUUAAUACUUUGUUUGUUCAUAAUAACUACGAUUUGUAUAUGUUUCAACUCGAUCUUCGUGUGGUUACCCGAGUUGACGAAUCGAAUGGCUCUCUACAAAGAACAAAAUGAAGGGAGAUUCUACGCUUGCGAGAUGUUAAUGAGAGAUUCCAUUUUACCUACAAUAACUAAUACUAGUUCACUCUCAGAGUGUAAAGUAAAUUUAACAACUGCCGUAUUUGUACCUAACAUAAUCAUAUCUGUGGUACUGCCCGUAGUGACGCUUAUUGCUAGCGUUGUGGUGCCUCUUUUUGACCGGAGAAUUGUCCUAGCUGCACUAUUUGUUAUCUGUGGUUGUAUGGGUUUAUCAAUAAACUGGGUACCCAACGCCACAUUUGUUGUGAUGAUGAUCGGCGGCAUCAAUGCCUUCACCUUCGUUGCUUACAAUGUGCUGACCACCAUCACGAUCGAGCUGUUUCCGACUUACAUAAGAGCCACUGCAGUAUCUCUGAACAUGGUGGCGUGUAGAUUUGGUUCCAUUUUGGGGUCGCAGCUGUUCAGCCUUUUGCUAGACUCCCUGUGCACACUUCUGUUCAACUUGAUUACUGGCCUCCUGUUCUGCUGUGCGGUAGUGCCAAUUUUCUUCGACCUGAAGAAACAACCAAAACAAGGAGAUUUGCCUGGAAACAAAGCAACUGAAGUGGAGGGACAGAGUUAGAACUGUGAUGUAACACUGUGAAUAAAAUUGUAUGAUAAUAUAGCAAAAGGGACAUACAGUUUAGUGUUUUUGCAUACCUUUGUCAGAUGAAACCGAAUUAAUGAAGGGGAUACAACUCCACAUGAUGGAUUGAAGUCUUUUAUGAUUUCUGAGACAAAGGUGCUAGAGAACCCGAGAGACUGUAUUUCAUUGUAUCUUGUUUCUGAGACUCUUUGUGUUGAUAAAUACACGACAAAAAGUGAAUAACUUGUGAACAGACUAAGUUAACAAGCUUGGUGCUUCCUUUAACAGUAUAACUGACUAGGGCAAUACAAAACUAAUAAUAACCAGUAUUAUAAGAUUGGAAAAAUCUAUUACGUCAGAUUAACCAGAAAAGUGAUUAUUUAAAAAGUCUUUCUGUUUGAAGUACAAUAUCUCAUAAUUGACUUAAACGUGUUGUGUACUUGUUUUAUCUAUACAAAAAAUUUUAGUUUUCUUAGAUAACAAACACACUGUACAGGAGGCAGCGUUAAUAUGAAUAUUUGCUUGCUCGAGACGUUCUGAUUAUUGAAAUGUUUUGAUUACCAAGGAAAUUUUAUCAAACAUCAGAAAUACACAAAAAUUAGUUUCUCACGCACUCAUUAGGAUUUCAAGUUGUAACAUUUAAAUCUAAAAUUACCGACUGAAGGUCGUUCGCAGGACCGUGUCACGUUCGAAUUGUUGUGGGUUCGGAUUAAUGCAGCCUGCCUUUUUAUAUCAUUAGAUUCUUAUGGUUUAGUUAUGUAAAGGAUUUUAAUUGUGAUUUAUAUAGGUACUAACAAAUGCUGUCUAAUAUAAUUGAUAUCAUUUUUUAGGGUAGUAUUUUAUAUUGAUAAUAAUUUAGAACCUUACGUUUAGUAAAAUAUAUACUAUAUAAUUUUAUAAAUAUAUAAAUAUAUUAGCCGAGAUUAACGUAUUCAAUAGCAUAAAAUCUGUUUUGACUAGAUUUUAAUUUUGUAUCUUAUCUUCGUAUUUUAAUUUUGUAUCUUUGUAUGUAUUUUAUAUAUAUAUAUAUAUAUAUCUAGGGAUAAAGCUUGAAUUUAAAGUUUGUCACUAAAUGGAAUUGACUUAAAAUUGUAUUAUAAAGAAUAAUAAAGGCACUU